UCCUUAAGGAAUUGGAAAGUUCAUGCAGACUGCAGAGACAACAUGAAAACCAGCACUCAACCAAAACUUCUCACUUUCAAAUACGUGUUUCUCUCUCUCCUUCUCACUCUCCCCAUUCUCCUUCUUGUACUCCGUCUUCAACCUCAAAACCUCCGCUGGACCGCCGCCGCACCCGGUAACAUCCGCCCGCCAACCGUACCCAACAUAACCACCCGAGGCAUCCGAAUCCGACCCGGCUACACCUCGUACGAAGCCUACAUCCAGCGCCAGGUCAACAAGACCCUCAACCCUAGGCUGCGACAAGUUUGGAUCACCCGCGACUGGGACCGGAAGAUCCAAGUCUUCUCCCAAUUCUUCCAGAACCUAAAGCGCCGGAGCCUCCUCUCCAACGACUCCAAAUCCCUCUGCAUCGGCGCACGAGUCGGCCAGGAGGUCGAGGCGCUGCGCCGAGUCGGCGUGUCCGACUCAGUCGGCAUCGACCUCGUGCCCUACCCGCCGCUGGUCGUGAAAGGGGACUUCCACAACCAGCCCUUCGGCAACGACACCUUCGACUUCGAGUUCUCCAACGUGUUCGACCACGCGCUGUUGCCGGACAAGUUCGUUGCGGAGAUCGAGCGGACGUUGAAGCCACGUGGCGUAUGCGUUCUACACGUGGCGGUUGCGAGGCGGACGGAUAAGUACUCGGCGAAUGACCUGUUUAGUAUCAAGCCGUUGGUGGAGAUGUUUCGGAGGUCCGAGUUGGUUCAGGUUAGGGAGAUUGACGGGUUUGGGGCUAACACGGAGGCGGUUUUUAUGAAACGGGAAACGGGAUACGGGGAACACAUCCAACGGUAUUGAUUGACCCAAUAUUGCCUCUC